AACAGGAGGUAUCAUCUUGAACGGGGAACUUUGAUACACGCAAGCUCCAGCAUUCCCUUUCUCGCGUCAUGAGUGUGACGCUGUCGGGCCGCCCCACCGCUGUGUGUCUAGGCAUGGGCGUGGCAGUGCUGGCCUCAGUGUCGUUAUCCAGACACAACGGUAAGCUGUGGCGUGCUUUUCGCCGAGCGUCCGCGAACUACCGGGCACGGCGGGGGUUGUGCAACUCCAGCGUUGAUCGAGUGUCGAGCGUGCCGUUGCUGCCGUGCGCCACAGAGUUAGAGCAAGUGGCACCCGGUAGAUUCAGCAAGCAGAAGAUCACAGUUGUGCAGCUGAACAUCCUGGCGAGCAACUUGGCUACGCGCAACCACUUUCCAUACGUGGUGGAGUCUAGCCUCAACUGGGAGAACCGCAAGAUGGCAUUGCUGCGACAAUUGGAGGCACUGGACGCCGACGUUCUCUGUCUAGAGGAACUGAGCGACUACUGGACGUUUUUUAAACCAGAGCUACAAGAUCGCGGAUAUGAUAGUGUCUAUGUGAAGCGGCCGUCGAUCCACGUCUCGAAUUGGUCCGGUGAGAAGAAGCAAGACGGUUGCGGCAUUUUUUACAAGAAGGACAAGUUCGAGUUGAAGGAAUUUGAGGCGGUGAACUACCAUGACCCGCAUGAUCGUGUGGCUGUAUUGGCAUUGCUCAAGAUGCGUCAUUUCGCACAGUUCGUGCUAGUUGGCUGUACACAUCUGUGGUGGAAUGCCAAGAAGGUGGAUCACCAGAUGGCUGAGAUUUAUGAGCUUGAGGAAGAAGUGCUCCGCAUGAGCAGCGAUGUGAGGGACAAGUACGAGCGCGAAUUGGCCAAUACUGUGACGGGUCAGAACAGCGUUCCUAUUGUACUCUGCGGUGACUUCAAUAACUCUCCCGAGUCGCCGAUCUACGAGUACAUGGAAAACUCGUUCAUGCAAAAGCCCAACCUGGAGGGCUUAAGUGAAGUCUUCCGUAGCGCAUACGCUUUCUACAAACCGAACGCGCUGGCGAGUGCACUGGAACACUCUGACGAGGAGCUGCAAUCACUCAAGGUAGAAGAGGGCAAGAAGGCGGAGCCACCACACACUACAGUGAACUUCAGACGAUGCUGGACGAUUGACUAUAUCUGGUACUCAAAGAGCAGUCUAGUACCCUCGCGAGUAUUGGAGAUCCCACCGGAGAGCGUACUGCGUUCUGAGGACGGGCCAGGUAACUGGUUCAAUCGGCUAGCCAUGUCGGACAGCUUGAACCGAUCAGGUCGUCUGCCAUCGGGCCUGCACGGGAACUACAACGGAAUCCCUAACUCCGUUUAUGGCAGUGAUCAUGUGCCCAUCAUGGCCGAGUUUGAGUUCCUCUGCGCUAGUGAGGACAGAUCUGUCGAGUAGAAUUAUACUUACCGGUACCCAAACCAAAUCAAGACAAACGUGUUGAAACCACACCCUACGACGUGAACUCUUUGAUGAAAGAAUUAUCACUGUUAUUCCUCACA